CCACCCUCUCCUACAUGCCAUAUCCAUACACAGGACAAUCCUAAACACACCUAUCUUCACCCGUAACUUUCCUCCACCACCCAUCAUACACAUACUUAUCGAUAAAUAGGCCUAUAAUACACCAAACGAUCCUGCUUUAUACUUUACUAUACACAGACCUAUCCCACAAAACUAACCUAGCCAGGACUUCCCUACACCGACCUUUCUUACAACAUCUGAUCUGCUCAGACCAUUCUAUACAUAGACUUAUCCGACACAGACCCUCAGCACACACACCUAUCCUAUAGCUAUACUGACACAAUGCACACAUUAGCAGCAGUAGUAGUACUGCAGGUGUGCUGGGCUGCGGUGCUCUGGCCCUGUCCGCCCACACACAGCUCCCCAGUGGACUGCAGGGAGGAGCAGGCCGGCAGCUCCCAGUGCCCCACCAUUUCCCAGGAGAAGCUACUCGACCGGGUCAUCCAGCACACAGAGCUCAUCUACAGAGUCUCCGAGGAGUCCUGCUCCAUGUUUGAGGAUAUGUUUGUGCCGUUCCCCGUGCGUCUGCAGAGGAACCAGGCUGGCAACACCUGCAUCACCAAAGACUUCCCCAUCCCCACCUCCAAGAAUGAACUCCAGCAGAUCUCUGACACUUGGUUGCUGCACUCGGUGCUGAUGCUGGUGCAGUCGUGGAUCGAGCCGCUGGUCUACCUGCAGACCACGCUGGAUCGCUACGAUGACGUGCCCGACGUGCUGCUCAAUAAGACCAAGUGGAUGUCGGAAAAGCUGAUUAGCCUGGAGCAAGGGGUGGUGGUGCUCAUCAGGAAGAUGUUGGACGGGGCGAUACUGAACUCGUCCUACAACGAAUACAGCGCAGUCCAGCUGGACGUUCAGCCAGAGGUGCUGGAGUCCAUUUUGAGGGACUACAACGUUCUCUGCUGCUUCAAGAAGGACGCCCACAAAAUAGAGACCAUACUCAAACUCCUCAAGUGUCGGCAAAUUGACAAAUAUAACUGUGCCUUGUACUAGAUGAUCCCUCACCAUACUAUGUUUAUAAAAUUUAUUAUUCUACUAUUCUGCUCCGGGUAAAGCAUUUCAUAGAGCACUCCCAACGGUUUAUUUGCAUGUUGUGGAGUAAAGCAAAUAAAGAAUCUGCAUAUUC